AUGUGUAAGGAGGCUGCUUCAUUGUCGUACCCGACUCUUGCAGGCAUCACGUGGGGCAAGGUGGUGUCACUGUACGCCGUGGCCGGAGCCCUGGCCGUGGACUGCGUGAGACACGGGCAGCCUGCCAUGGUUCACACUAUCGUCGACUGCCUGGGGGAGUUUGUCCGCAAAAGCCUGACAUUGUGGCUGAAGAGGAAAGGAGGCUGGACGGACAUCACAAAAUGCGUGGUGAACUCUGACCCCAGCUUCCGCUCCCAUUGGCUGGUGUCUGCCGCCUGCACCUGUUGCCAUUUCCUGAAAGCUGUCGUCUUCUACCUGCUGCGGGAGCGGUGAGGGCAGGACCCCCAGGAGGGGAGUGGGCACAGCGAGAGGAGGCUGACAGAGGCCACCAGCGCAGAUCCCCCUGCUCCUAUGCCUGUUACCAGCAUCACAGAAGCUCGUCUUUCAAGCACAGUGUCGUCGUCACUAUUCAACUCUCUCCCCCCCUCCCCCCUCCAAUAUGGGUUUAUUCUUCCCAGUACCAGGCGACCGUCCACCCUUCCAGGCUUAACAAACUACCCCCCCCCCCCGCCCCCCAAGUAGUAUUAUGGACAGGCCUCCUAUCUCUGUCUGGUUUCCUGUGAGUCAGUAGAUCCCUUGGGGGUGGGGGUGGUCUCGCACAUCCUGAUGCAUUUCCAGCUCUUCCAAAAGCAGCACCUGUGGACUGACUUUAAUACUUAAGCUGAUUUAAGUGUAAA